UCCUGGUUACCCCGCGCUAACGGCCAGGUUGUUUAUUUAAAAAACGACGUUCUGUCGCUGUCAAACUGACCUGGAAGACAGAGGGUUUUUCUGUUUAUUCUUCAUUUGAUAGCGAAAUAAAUUUUGUUAUGUAGGGGGUGACGCCCUGGACUAUGAGGCAGUGAGCAGCUCACAGGAAUCGUUUGGGGGCAGAUGGAGGAGUUGAGACGGACCUACUUGCGUUUGUGUAAGGAGGGGGGGGUGGAGCCGCAGGAGUCGGUGCUGGCACAGCUCCAGGAAUCUCGGGGGACGGCGAGCCGAUCGCGGCUGGACCUGGCCGGCCAGAGCCUCUCCGUAGACACAUGUGCAGUGCUUGGGAGGUUCCUACAGAAGGACACACUCUUCACUGAGGUGGUCCUCAGUGACUGUAUGCUCAGCGAGGAAGGUGCCAAGCUUCUGCUCAGUGGGCUGUGUUCCAACACAACUGUUAAAGUGCUGGACCUGAAAGGGAACAACAUGAAAGGAACAGGAGCUGAAGCUGUGGGGAAGCUGUUGGUGCGUAACAAGGUCCUACGGAGACUCACCCUGGAGUGGAAUGCUCUGGGAAUGUGGGAAGAAGGCUUCUCCAUCUUCUGUGAUGGUCUGGGCUCCAACAGUUGUCUCAUGCAGCUAGACCUGCGUAACAACCAGAUCAACCACCAGGGGGCAGCAGAGCUUGCAAUUGCUUUGAAAAGAAACGGCACAUUGCAGGAGCUUGAUCUGCGGUGGAACAACAUGGGACUGCUGGGUGGCCGUGCCCUGCUGGAGGCACUGCAGAAGAACCGCACACUGCUGCAGCUGGAGUUGGCCGGGAACAACAUCCCCAGUGACACCCUCAAAGCCCUCGAGCAGUCCUUGGGUCACAACUCGGACAGGCAGUCCACACUGAGGGAGAGCCGGAGCAGGGCCCAGGUGCUCUGCAAAGAGAUCCAGAACCUGAAGGAGGAGAAGGGCCGUGAGUUCUUAAGCCUGAUGGACACCAUUGACAAGCAGAGGGAUGAAAUGGGCCAGAACAGUAGGACGUCCUCCGUGCGUUUAGGGCAGCUACAGGAAGCCCUGAAUGAGAGGACGUCUGCUGUGAACUCUCUGACAGCCAAGCUGCAGAUGAUGGAGGCAGCCUUGGCGCUGGCCGAGCAGAAGGUGCACGCCCUGGGGGAGCGGCUGAGCAAGGCCGAGGCGGAGAAGGCGGAGCUCAGGGAGCAGCAGUGCCGCGACAUGACGAGGCAGCAGGAGGACAGCGUGUCACGGGAGACCAGGCUUCAGCGGGAUGUGCACAGUCUGACAGAGCAGAACAUGCAGCUGAAGAACAAGUUUGACGAGACAGAGCGGAAGCGCAAAUCUCAACAGGAUCAAAUUUUUGAGUUGAAGCAGGAAUUGACCAACUCUACAGCUGAGCUGAAGCUGCGUCUGUGCCAGGCAGAGGAACGUCUAGAAAUUGAGAAGAGGAGGUCGAAACAGGCUUUGGAUGACAUGGAGAACCUGCGUCAGAAGGAGGUAGAUCACAUGACCCGUCACUUGGAAGAGACGGAGCGUACGUUGCAGGAUCGUGUCAUCAGGUUGGAGGGGACGCGUAUUCAGCUGGAGGAGGAGCUGAGCCGCGCCAAGGCGGCCAGCGUUGCGGAGCGGGCACAGGCGGAGGAGGAACUGGGGAAGGUACGCGCCCAGGUGCGACUGGAGGAGCAGCAGCACCUGAGUGGCCUGGAGGAGAAGCUGCGUGCCUUGAGGCAGUUGCGGGAUGAGGCGCAGGCCCACUGCGCCCAGCAGAAGCAGACCAUCGCGGAGCUGCAGGCCCGCAACAGCCAGCAGUGUCUGGAGAUGGACGGGCUUCACAGGAGGAUUGAGGAACUGCAGCAGGAGGUCAGCCGUAAGGAGCAGGAGAAGGUUGCGGAACUGAACCGUGUGAAGGUGGAGCUUCAGGAGCAGAUUGGGCACCUGCAAGCGGAGAGGACCGCUCAGGGGGCGCUGAAAGAGAAGAUCUCUGCCCUGGAGAGGGAGAUGAAAGUAUUAGGCAGUAACCACAGGGAGGCCAUUCUGGACAAGGAGAGCGAGAUCUCUUCCCUGUUUGAGAAACUCCGGCUUCGGGAGGCUGAGAUCCACCGCAUCCGGGAGGACGAGGCGCAGAGAGCAAGCUUCCUGCAGAAUGCUAUCCUGGCCUACGUGCAAGGAUCUCCCCUGAGUCACUACAGCCCCAAAAAAUGAGCUGCUCUCUUCAAUCCAGACUUCAGAUUGGCAUUCUGAGCUUCCUAGCCUUGCAAAAGGGCGGUUUUCACCACUCAGGGACAACAAUGUCCUUUAACUUUUUACUUUUCUGCAAAUUUUACCAAUUGUAACACUUUUGCAUAAUGAGACUUAAUAAAUUCCCUUUUGAAUUUUUAUAAUGUAAUUAAUUUUUUAUCCAGCUGUUUCAUAAGGUGCUUAAAUAAACGUUACUGUGGUGAAACAUCAUGUGAAAUCUUUGUAGAUUUUUCCUGUAUUUCGAAGUAUGAUCAUGGACACACAAACGUGGGAGAGCCUCACCAAUCUUUCCCUCAGGUUAUCUUGUGCUCUGCACUUGGUAGCCUUUGUGAUGGAUUGCAACUGUUUGCUAUAAAUUAUUUGAUGUUAAUAUUUGAAUUCAGUCCGACGAAGUUCAAAAUGUAUUCUGUAUCAACUGUAUAAGGAAUUUAAUUUCAGAUUUGAUAUGUAUUUCGAUUGCGACUUUACAGCAUUGUAAUUUCAUUGUGUUUUGUAUUUAUUAAAUUGUUUUUUUUUUAAUUGGUUGGAUUAAA